AAUGUGGCUAAGGAGGACGGGGAGAUGGACUUGUGCCCGGCAAGCGGGCGUGCUGGGUGUAAUCAAGCCAUGAGCCAGCCCUAAUCCCAUUUCCUGGACCCCACGCAGGUUUUCCCCAGACAGAAGGGCCUGACAAGGUGCAUUUAAUCUGCUCUUAAACCUUCACCCGCAGGGACUCACGAUCCCCCAGCUCUCCUGUGUGGUGCUGUCAGCUCUAGGUCUCUGGAUUUGUCAGCCUUGCAGGCUUCUGGACACAUCUCCUCUCAGCCAUGAGGAGAUCAAAAGGGUUUGAUAUCUGUGUGGUCACCUGCAGCAUCCUGCUCUUGUCCUCCAGCCUGCCAUGCCUUGCUUAUCCUCUGGAGGAGAGGGAUGUGACAAAGGUCCAGCACGGCCCCUGGGCAGGGAACGGGCUGGAAGAUGAAAGGACAGGCAUGGUGGACUUGACAAACAGUCUGGGCCCUUCUGAGCAGCCAGUGUCCGAAGAGCCAUGUGCAGUGUCAGCAAAGCCAUCUGGGACACCCUUGGAUGAAGCUCUCACUGCAGAAGGAGAAGCUCUCCCUGCCAGCCCAAGCCUUGUUGUCCCCAGCAGCCAGGGCCUGGGGGGUCACCCCUCUGCUGGGGCACUGCCUGCUGGCCAUGAGGAGGAGCUGGCUCCCACUGAGGCCCAGCUGGAGGAGGAGGAAGCCCUCAGGGCCAUGCUGACCACAGCUGUGACCACGCUGAGCCCUCCAGCCCAGGAGCAGUCUGGUGGCCCUGCUGGUGAGACCACAACAGAGGGAGGUGUGGCAGUGGAGCCCAGCUCUGCUGGCCCCUCAGCAAGCCCCCUUUCUGGGACCACUGUGGAGGAGGAGGAGGAAGCAGAGAGCAGCUCCCAGCCCUCAGCUGGGCUCCAGCCCACCCUGGAGCCCAGCUCUCCCAGCUGGGCAGCAGCAGGUGACCACCCUGUGAUCCCAACUCCGCAGGCUGUGACCUCUGAGCUGGAAAUGCUGGGAGUCCACACAGGGAGCCCUCUGAAAUCCCUGGCUCCACCAACAUCUGUGGCUGCCAAACAUCCCCUUGUGGCGACUGAGGCCUUCCUUCACCCAGCAGCAGGGACAGGAGUCACACAGCAGGAGCUGCCCUCUACGGCUGGCACUGUCACCAUCCCCCCUGUGGACACUGUGCCACCUGACUGGGAUGACACAAAACUGGGCCACAUCAGUCAAGGGGGAAGUACAGCUCGUGAGGAGGUGACAGAGGAGCUGGGGACAACAGAACCAUCCCAGACCACCCAGGAAGGUGUGGGGGAGGAAGAGGAUGCCACAAGAGCAGUGCCCUCCCCUGUGUCCCCUCCACCAGCGCCUGAGCUUGCCAAGGAGAGCAACUGCACAGUGCCAGUGCAAGGGGAGGAGCUGCCAGCAACUUCCACAGGCAGCAGCGAUGCUUUCCACACUGGGAACCUGUCAGAUGCAGACACAGCUGAUCUUGGCUCGUUGGAAAACAUAAGUGCAGUCACAGCAGAGGAGGAGAAGAGCGUCUCUCCGUCACAGCCGGAGGCUGCUGUGGUGACAGAUACCCAGCCUGAGCUCUCUCCUACUCUGGAGAGUUCAUGGAAAGGUGUCACCCAGGAGGUGCCAACAGCUGCCCAGGAGGCUGAUGCUGCUCUCUCAGCUGUGGCAGAGGUGCCUGGUGCCACGCAGGGAGCAGGGGCUGCCAGCUUUCCCCAGGAGAACAGCGGGGAGGACACCCAGAUGCUGACGGCUCCCAGUGGCCCCGAGGUGCUGGUGGCAACGGGUGCUCCCUCCACAGUGAGCCCUGUGGAUGCAGAAGAUCUCACAGACGGGAUCCUGGUGACCAGUGAGAAGGCUGCUCCAGCCCCUGGCGGGAUGUCUCCCACCCCAGCUGGACAGACAGAGGAGCCAUCCAGCAGAACUGUGGUCCUGGUGACUCCAGCAUCCGUGGCCUCCUCUGGCAGGAGGACAGCCCUUCCCCCUGGCAGGAGGAUCAGCACUGCUGUCACCUACGGGCUGGAACGCCUGGAGUCGGAAGAGGGUGAGGAAGAGGAAGAGGAUGAAGAGGAAGAGGAGGAAGAAGAAGAGGAGGAAGAGGAAGACGAGGAGGACAAAGACAUAGACCUGAUGGAUGAAAGCAUGGAGGGUGACACAGAGCUGCCAGGCUUCACACUUCCAGGAGAGACCUCCCAGGAGCCCCUGGCUGGCCUGGAGAACCCUGUGGCCCAGCUGGCUGGAGUGUCCUACCAGGUUCCUGACACCAUUGAGUGGGAGCAGCAGAACCAGGGUCUGGUGAGAAGCUGGAUGGAGAAGCUGAAAGAUAAGGCAGGAUACAUGUCGGGGAUGCUGGUGCCUGUGGGAGUGGGAAUAGCCGGGGCCCUCUUCAUCCUGGGAGCCCUCUACAGCAUUAAGAUCAUGAAUCGCCGGAGGAGAAACGGCUCCAAGAGGCACAAAAGGAAGCAGAGGGAAUUUAACAGCAUGCAGGACCGAGUCAUGCUCUUGGCCGACAGCUCUGAAGACGAAUUUUGAGUGGGACUGCAGUGCCCUCGGGAGACUUUUCAGAGGAGAGGGAGAGAGGGGGAGAAGAAGAAGAAGAAGUGACUUUUCUGCUGCUCCCUCGGCUGCCCCGGGCAGGGGCGGUGUCCCCAGCCGAGUGACAAUGACAAUGCUAUGCUCUACGUGUGCCACCCGUGAUGUUUGUUUUGAUACAGUAGUGGAGAUGUCACGCUCGCCCCCGGCACCUCAUUCAGAGCCACAGCUGGAGCCGAUCCACGUGGAUCAUUGUGUUCCUCUCACCCUGCUGUACUGUUUUGGUCCUGGCUGGCAGUAAUCUAAUCAUAACAAUAGCUCUCACCCAUCCCAGGAAUGGAAAUCUUUACUGUGAAUGACUGCUGUCCGAUUCAUUUUAAAUGUUGCAUUACCUGAGCUAGAGUUCGUUAGUGCUAAGAUUAGCUGCUCUGCUUAAUUAAUGAGUUGUAAGCCUGAACUGUGUCCCUGGCUGCCUGAGAAGUGCCCGUGUACGGGGUUCUUGGUACAGUUUGAAGCACACUUCUGCCCUCGGGUGCCCCCACUCUCAGCCCUUUCUUCCUUCAGCUCUGCUGCACACUGCUUGAAGACACGCAGGAAUGGCCUCAGCACUCGAUUCCACCCCAAAAUUCCUUGUCCAUUUUCAACCAGCACUGUCUGUUACAGCACAAUAAAUACCAGCCCUCACCUGCU